GAACAUAUUGAACUUUGAAAAAUGUUCGUUUUAACGCGAACAUUAAUAAGAACGCGUCAAUUAUAUUCACAUGUUACUAAAAGGACUUUUCAUGAUUAUCAUUCUUUUGUAAAAUUUAACGCAAAAGAAGAUAACUUUAGUCGAUGUUCUUCACGUUUUAAGGCACAAUCAUUAAUUCCUUUUGUCGUUGAACAAACGUCAAGGGGAGAACGAUCAUAUGAUAUAUUUUCUCGGUUAUUAAAAGAACGAAUUAUAUGUUUGAAUGGCCACAUAGAAGACAGUGAAGCAGCAGUAAUCAUAGCACAAUUAUUAUUUCUUGAAGCCGAAAAUCCGGAAAAAUCAAUUAGUUUAUACAUUAACAGUCCUGGCGGAAGUGUUACGGCAGGACUGGCAAUUUAUGAUACAAUGCAGUACAUUCAAUCGCCAGUAUCAACACUUUGUAAUGGUCAAGCUUGCUCAAUGGGAUCAUUAUUACUUGCUGCGGGAGAAUCAGGUAAAAGAUACGCACUUCCAAACUCAAGCAUCAUGAUACAUCAACCGAUAGGAGGAGCAGUAGGACAAGCAAGUGAUAUUGCUAUUCAAGCAAAAGAAAUAUUGAGAGUUAAGGAGAGAUUAAACAUGAUUUAUAAAAAACAUACCAAGAAGCAUAGUUUAGAAGAAAUUGAGAAAGCUGUUGAAAGAGAUCACUUCAUGAAUUCUGAAGAAGCAUUAGAAUUUGGAUUAAUUGAUAAAAUUUUAGAAAGAAGAGAGAUUAAAGAAGAUGAUGAAAUAAUUCAAAAAUAAAUAUUAACUUAAUUAUUAUGUUUGUUGAUUGAUAUAUUCUUGUAAUAAAAUACUUAUUGUCAACAGAGCAGUUUCAUCCAUUUGACCAAAUAUUUCUGGAAUUGGAUAUACAUUUGUGUAAUGAUUUGAAGCAAAUCGACUUAUUGAAUUCAUAAAGUCCUAUAAUAAAUAAAAUUAUAAA